AUGUUAGCUGUUAAUAAUCAUGAAAUUCAAAAUUUAAUGCCUACGGCAGAAGAAUGGAUAAAAAUAAAGGAGAUACUUAUCUUAAUGAAACUAUUAGAAAAGACUACAAAAUUAUUAUCCACAUCUUCAUAUCCAACAAUUGUGGAUGUUCGAUUGGUAUUUGACAGUAUUCAAGAAUAUCUUAAUAAUUAUGUAGAAAGUGAUAAAUCUAGUCAAUAUAUAUUAGCCGCCUCAAUUAAUAAAAAAAUUGGCGAAUAUAAGGAUAUAAUUGAUAAUACAACAAUUGUUGUAACUAUUCUUAAUCUGCAAACCAAGCUUUCACUAUUUGAAGUUGGACAGCAAACCUCUAAUGCAAUUAAUAAAGUUAGAGAAAUAUUUGGUCAAUAUUUUAUAUCUAAUAAAUCAACUCAACCACCAUCUCAUAUUAUAGAUGAUGUUGAUACAGCUCGCCAAUACUUCCAUGUGCUUAAACGAUACCACACAGUACAAAUUUCUGAAACAAAGCAAAAGCCCACUGAUGAGCUAGAACGAUAUUUGGCUUUAUCUUGUACUGAAGUUAUUAAACCUUCAUUAUGCGUAGCCUGUGAGCAGGCUUUUUUGAUAGCAGAAAAUACUAUAUCAAAGACUCGAAAUUUUCUUGAUCCAGAAACAUCAAGGGCGUCUCUUUGUUCUAAAAGCUGGAUUGAAAAUAAGAUUCUACCAAUG